AUGGGGAAGCCAAAUCAGGCGCUGGAGAGCUCUCGAGCGAUUGAAUUCGCCAAGAACUUGGCUCUCUUCCUCCUCAGCUUCAUAUUCCUACCAACAAACGCCCUCUUCGCUUUGGGAGCUUACCUCUUGAACCGCUUCACUUCCAAAUCUUCACAGUCUCACAAUGACGGCGAUAAUCUGGACAAAGUCACGGUUCUGGUCACAGGCGUGAACAUGGCCAAGGGUCUCUCUCUCGCACGAAUGUUUCAUCGUCGAGGCCAUCGCGUCAUAGGAGCAGAUUGUCAUUCCCUCUCGCCCGGUCGCGUAUCCUUCGCAAUCGACGCGUACUAUCGUCUCCCACCGCCUUCAGACCCUUCAAAAACGAGCAUGAAUGAUCCAUAUCUCAAUCGAAUUGUCGAGAUUAUUCACUACGAAGGCGUUGAUCUUUGGGUUUCUGUCUCGGAUGUCAACGCGGCUGUUGAAGAUGCUGCGGUUCGCGAAAUUAUUGAAGCUCGUACGAAUGCUAAGGCGAUCCAAUUUGGCGUUGAGGAUAUCCGAAGACUUCAUGAGAAGGAUGCGUUUAUUGAGCAUACCAAGAGCCUUGGUCUGAAGGUUCCGUUGACGGAGGCUGUUGAGGAUAAAGAAGAUGUUAUUAACUUUCUUCAAAGAAACGGAGGUCUUGAGCAUAAGCAUGGUGCAAGACAAUAUCUUGUCAAGCCUGUUGGUGUCGAUGAUGUCGCGCGCUUUGCAAUGCCUCUACUUCCUCUUCCCUCCGAAGAAACUACCCUCGCACGCAUCGACUCUAUUCCCUUCGAGACUUCCAAAUGCUCCUUCAUCAUACAAGAGUACAUCACAGGUCCUGAGUUCUGCACCCAUGCGCUCAUCAUUCGCGGUCGCGUCUGCGCGUUUGUCGCGUGUCGUUCCGCCGAUGUUCUUAUGCAUUACUCCGCUCUCCCUGCUGAUUCACCGCUGAGCAGAGCGAUGCUUAACUUUACACUGAAGCAAGCUGAGGAAGGCGGGGACAACUUUACAGGGCAUAUGAGUUUCGACUUCUUGAUCAACAAGGAAGAUGAAGAUGCCGUCAAGUCUGGUGUUGAUAAAGACGUCACGAUAUAUCCUAUUGAAUGCAAUCCAAGAGUCCAUACUGCCACCGUUCUCUUCAACAACACACCCGAGAUCGUUGACGAGUACCUCUCCAUUCUUACCCCAUCUGCACCCAGGCCUUUGACAAAGCCACCUGUAUCACCUAACAAUCCCCAGCAAUACUACUGGGUGGGCCAGGAUUUCGUCGAGCUUGUUCUGUAUCCCUUCUACCUCACUCUGUUCCGAGGCACGAUGAGUCUGUCGGAUAUCCAAAAGUCAAUUCGGGCUUUUGUGCAGCACAUUAUCUACUGGAAGGAUGGCACCUUUGAGUCGUGGGAUCCUCUGCCUUGGCUGUGGAUGAUGCAUGUGUAUUGGCCUGUUCAGUUUGCUUGGUACAUGUCGACGGGCUCUUUAUGGACAAAGGUCAAUAUCAGUACUGGGAAGGCAUUCAAGGGUUAG